CGGAGUCCGCCCUUCCGGCGCCGGACGAGGCGCGGGUCCGGUCCGUAUUCUGGCGUGCAACUUCUCUGACGAUGGCAGCAAGUUGGCCGCAUAUGCCACCGACGCCUCGGUAACAGUUUGGUCGCUGCAAUCCGCCGGGUUCCUCGACUACUUCCGCAAAGACAGCGGUCGCGCCGCCGCGCGGUCUCGCGUCAUCGGCGUGCCUUACACACCGGGUACGCUGAACACUUCCGAUGAAUUUGCGGAAGUUCUUUCCAGAGUUCGCGUCUCAUGGCGUGACGCGGACUGCGUUCAGGUGCGCCGUGAAAAUAACGAAAUAUUGACGCUUCACAUAAGUGAGCUCGCGGCGUUGCCCUGACGAGCGGCGCAUUACCCGUUAUUCUAACACAAGUUCUACCUAAUGAUCCCGGAAGCCUCUAUUUUGAGGAACGAAUCUAAGGCUUUGAC